AUGAUAUUCAAAACCAUUGUAUUUUUACCAUUCUUGGUACUUGGUGUUCUAUCUGCAGAUUCUAGCUUAAAAGAUGAAGUUGAUGCUUUGGAACAUUUCAAGAACUCAAUCACAGAUGACCCAACUGGUGCACUCCUGGAUUGGAAUGCUGAUUCCAUCCACCACUGUAACUGGACUGGAAUCCAAUGUGAUAAUGUCUCACAACGUGUAGUUUCCAUUUCUAUUCAGCAAACACAGCUCAAAGGCCAAAUCUCUCCUUUUCUUGGAAACCUUUCCAGUCUUCAGGUUCUUGAUCUUUCUUACAAUUCAUUUACUGGAAACAUUCCUUCCCACUUGGGAUAUUGCACACAACUUACUACACUUUCCCUUUACACCAACUCCCUCUCUGGGCCGAUUCCAUCGAAACUGGGAAACCUCCGGAAUCUGCAAAUACUUGACCUUGGAAACAAUUCACUAUCUGGAAUCAUUCCGGAAAGCUUGUGUAAUAUCACUUCCAUGUUAGAACUUAGCCUUGAUGACAACAAACUCAAUGGUUCAAUCCCGGAUAGAAUCGGGGAUUUGAUCAAUCUUCAGCAACUUGGAGCUUAUGAUAACCGUUUACAAGGCUCAAUUCCUACUUCUGUUGGCAAUCUAAAAGAGUUGCUAGCUCUUGAUUUCAGUCAAAACCAACUUACUGGUAUCAUUCCUAGACAGAUUGGAAACUUGUCAAAGUUACAAGUUCUUCAGUUGUUUGAAAAUUCACUCUCUGGGAAAAUACCAUCUCAACUUGGCAAUUGCACGGAUCUAUCUCUUCUCAACAUAUACAACAACAAACUCGUUGGAAGCAUUCCUCCUGAGCUUGGAAAUCUCAUGGGCUUACAGGUUUUGCGGUUGUAUACGAAUCAGUUGAAUUCCACGAUCCCAAACUCAUUAUUCAAAUUACAAUCAUUAGUGAUUUUGCAGCUGUCAGGGAAUAAUUUAACAGGGAAUAUUUCUUCUGAAAUAAGUUCACUUAAAUCUCUACAAUCCCUGACCCUUCAUCAGAACAAUCUCACGGGGGAGAUUCCAGCAUCCAUAACUAGGUUGGUCAAUUUGACAUACUUAACAAUUAGCUUAAACUCCAUCACAGGUGUAAUUCCUUCAAGCAUCGGGUCACUUCAUAACCUGAGAAAUUUGUCUCUUAGUAAUAAUCUUCUUGAGGGAUCUAUUCCAUCGAGCAUCACAAACUGCACAAAUAUCCGUCGGAUAGAUAUUGCUAGUAAUAGGAUGACUGGAGAAUUGCCUCAAGGUUUAGGGAAGUUAUCAAAUCUAACAUAUCUAGUUAUUAGCAACAACAGAAUAUCAGGAAGAAUCCCGGAUGACCUCUUCAAUUGUUCAAGUCUAGUGGUUUUGGAUAUAGCAUUUAACAAUUUCUCUGGAUUGUUGAAACCAAGUAUUGGAAAACUUUAUAAUCUCCAAAUACUUCAAAUUCAUGGUAAUUCUUUUUCCGGGUCCCUACCAGGAGAAAUCGGAAACCUUAGUAAUUUAAUCUUGUUAAACUUGGGACAAAACCAAUUUUCGGGUGCGAUUCCUGUAGAAUUCUCAAACAUUUCUUCCCUUCAAAGCCUUUUGUUGGGUAACAAUAAUCUUGAAGGAAAGAUUCCAGAGGAAAUCUUUGAGCUCAAACAGCUGACUGAACUCUACUUGAUGAACAAUAAUUUUGUGGGUUCGGUUCUGGAUUCUGUUUCAAAGCUUGAGAUGCUUUCUCUGUUGGAUGUAAGUGGAAACAGGUUUAAUGGGUCAAUCCCGGAGAGUAUGAGAAAACUAAACAAAUUGAUUUCGAUAGACCUCUCACACAACAUGCUCACAGGGUCGAUUUUAGGGUCCAUGAUUGCAGGUAUGAAGAAUCUACAGAUAUAUCUAAACCUCUCCAACAAUUUUCUUACAGGUAACAUCCCAACUGAGUUAGGAAAGCUUGAGAUGGUAGAAGCCAUUGACAUCUCGAACAAUAAUCUGUCUGGAGGCAUUCCAGUGACACUUCAAAGCUGCAUAAACAUGAAGAGUCUUGACUUGUCUGGAAAUCAGCUUUCUGGUAGUAUUCCACAAGAAAUAUUUCCUCCUCUUGAUCAGCUUACCAGCAUAAAUUUUUCAAAGAAUCAGUUGGAUGGAGACAUUCCCGAAAGCAUGGCGAAUUUGGCUGAUCUUACAUCAGUUGAUCUUUCACACAAUAAAAUCAAGGGUUUGAUUCCCCAGAGUUUUGGCAACAUUUUGGUAUUGAAACACCUCGACCUUUCUUUCAAUCAGCUUGAAGGACGUGUUCCAGAUACCGGUAUUUUUAGAAAUACAAGUGCAGUUGCAUUACAGGGAAAUCCAUCUCUGUGUCUUGCCAACAACACCAAGUUAUGUGCCUCAUCAAGUAAAUCAAACCAUUCACUGUCCAAUAAGACUCUAUUGAUUCUUUCAAUACUCGGAUUUCUUGUUAUUUUUUUCUGA